GAAAAAAUGCCAACAUACAAGAUCAGGGGAAUCGACGUAGAUUUUCCAUAUGAAGCCUAUGAUUCCCAGCUCGUUUACAUGGACAAAGUCAUUCAAUCACUUCAGGAGAAAUGCAAUGCACUGUUGGAGAGUCCCACAGGAACCGGGAAAACACUAUGUCUUCUCUGUGCUACCUUAGCCUGGCGGAAGAGCCUGGGCAGAUUCAGGACUGGUGUAAGCAUGAAGACUGGUGAUAAUUCAGAGGGUGAAAAAGAGGUUGCACCAUCACAAUCUGAGGCCCUAGGUUUUCCUACAAUUGUAUAUGCUUCACGCACUCACAGCCAGAUCCGUCAAGUAAUUCGAGAGUUGAAACGAACGUCUUACAGGCCUAAGAUGGUAGUCCUAGGAUCUCGGGAGCAACUUUGCAUUCAUGAUGAAGUGAAGUUACUUCACGGGAAAACACAAACAAAUGCUUGCCGAAUGCUCUGCCGAAGGGGUGGGAAGCGUCAAUGUAACCAUUUCAAUCAAGUUUCUGGUUACUUGAAGAACAAUCCCCAUCUGGGAGAAGAACCUGUAGAUAUUGAGGAUUUGGUCAAUAUUGGCAGGAGAUUUGGGCCUUGCCCUUAUUAUUUAUCAAAGGAGCUCCACAAGAUUGUUGAUAUAGUAUUUUCUCCAUACAACUAUCUUAUUGAUCGUGGUUAUAGAAAAUCUCUGCAAUUUUCUUGGAGCAAUAGUAUACUCAUAUUUGAUGAAGCUCACAACCUGGAAAGCAUAUGUGCUGAUGCAGCUUCCUUUGACUUGCCUUCUUGGCUUCUAACAGCUUGCAUUUCCGAGGCUGAAAGUUGUAUUAACCUUUCAAUAAAAAGAAGAGAAAAAUCAAAUGAUAAGUCACAUAAUCCAGAUGAUUUUGCUAUCCUUAGAGCACUUCUUCUAAAACUUGAAAAGCGUAUUGCUGAGGUGCCUAUUGAAUCUAAGGAGUUGGGAUAUACCAAACCUGGGCCUUAUAUCUAUGAAUUGCUGGCUGAUCUUAACAUCACACACGAGACUACUAGUAAGCUUACCAAGAUAAUUGCAGAAGCUUCAACCCUUCUUGAGGAACAUAAUCAGCAGAAAUCAACUGGAACCAUCUGCCGGUUGGAUAAUAUCAGUGACAUCCUAGACAUUGUUUUCAGGGAAGGAAGAACCACUCAUGCUAAAUACUAUCGUGUUAAUGUGCGGGAGGUUGAGGCUUGGGCUGCCAAUGGCUCUAAAGGCAAGGUAUCAAGGACACUCGGUUGGUGGUGCUUUAAUCCAGGAAUAGCUAUGGAAGAAUUUCCUAAGUUUGGGGUCAGAUCUAUUAUCCUGACAUCAGGAACAUUAUCUCCUAUGGAAUCUUUUGCCCAGGAGCUGAAAUUAGACUUCCCCAUUCGGCUGGAAAAUCCACAUGUAAUAACCCCAAGUCAGAUAUGGGCUGGAGUUGUACCAGUUGGUCCUUCAGGACGUACUUUCAACUCCUCUUACCGCACUCGCGAUUCGCCGGAGUACAGACAGGAGCUUGGAAAUGCAAUUGUAAAUUUUGCCCGAAUUGUUCCUGAUGGACUUCUUGUAUUCUUCCCAUCUUAUUACCUUUUGGACCAAUGCAUUGGGUGCUGGAAAAGCUUGAAUAAUGAAAAUUCAACAUCAAUAUGGGAGAGAAUUUGCAAACACAAGAAACCAGUUAUAGAACCUAGGGAAUCUUCAUUAUUUGCCUCAUCAAUUAAGGACUACAUAUCUAAGCUGAACGACACCUCUGCAUCUGGUGCAAUUUUUUUUGCUGUUUGUCGAGGGAAGGUAAGUGAAGGAUUAGAUUUUGCAGAUCAUGCUGGAAGAGCUGUGAUAAUUACUGGUUUACCAUUUGCCACAAGCACUGAUCCUAAGGUUCGUCUAAAACGUGAAUACUUGGAUCAACAAUCUCAGACACAAGAGGGGUUGUUCAAGGUUAUGUUGGUUUUAACUGGAGACGAAUGGUAUAACCAGCAAGCCUCACGAGCUGUGAAUCAAGCUGUUGGACGUGUAAUUCGCCAUCGCCACGACUAUGGAGCAAUUAUUUUCUGUGAUGAAAGGUUUGCACAUCCACAUCGUCAGUCCCAAGUCUCACGUUGGAUACAACCUCACAUCAAGUCUUUCUCAAGAUUUGGAGAAGUCGUUUUUACUCUAACUCGAUUUUUCCGGGAUGGAGGAACCCAGGGUUCUAAAAAGCUGUCAUUAUUAAAAGCUGAAAAUGAGGGAAAUCUGGGAGAAAUGCCAUCAUCAGAGAACUGCAUGGACAGGUUUUCUGUGGAAAAAUUUCUGUCGCCUCUGACUACACCAGUGGCUCGAAAUAGCUCUCUGAAAGCUUCAUCUUUGCUUGAUACUAAAAAAGGCUGUACUUCAUUCCCGGGGGAAAUUGUGCCUGCCAAUCGCUCAUCUCUUGCUUCUGACAAUUGCAAGAUUGUAGGUUGUGAAAGUUCAAGAGAUAUAUGUGGCACAGUUUUGCAUGGAAGGAAGACCAUGCUCUCACGGGAAUGUGAUGCGGUUGAUUUGUCUGACAGUUGCGAAUUGGGUGAAAAAUCAAAGGAAACGCUGAUAAAACCUUGUUCUGCCAAGAAGCGUCGAUUUAUAGCUGGAGAGUAUGACUUAAAGCAACAUUUUGGAAAUUCUAAUGAGCAUUCAUCAUCUGCUAGUCAAAAUGCUCAAGGUGGUGAUCUGCGAUGUAAAGGUGACGGGACCUCCCAAAGUAGAAGUCUUGAGUUCGUUAGACAAAAUGUCAAUCUUCCUACUGAUUCCGCACCUUCUGCAAGUCAUGAAACCCAAGGUUCAGCAUUCCUUGCUCAGGUACGAGAUAAGCUUAGUGCUACAGAAUAUAUAGAUUUUGUGGGUUAUAUGAAGGCUCUUAAGACCAAAGCGAUGAAGAUUAGCGAAGUUUUACAAUGCAUUUCUAGAUUGUUCAGUGGACCCGAGAGGCUUCCUCUCCUUAAAAGCUUCAAGGAUUACAUCCCAGCAAAAUAUCAUUCUUUGUAUGAGCAGUACGUUGAAGGCAAAGAUCAACCACUUGGAAGUUAGGUGAAGGUGCCCUUCUCGUGACUGUCACUGGUAAUUUUUCAACUAAAACCCAGGAGUAUUCUCUCAAACAGAUAAUUAUAUCGGCUCCUUAUUCCAGCAAGUGUACUUUAUGGCAUGGAGGGUGACACAAACAUGUUUUGCAAUGAGUCUCCUUGGGAUUUGUUGCUGACCUGAGUUGAUCAGCAGAAGGAAUGAAUCGAUAUACAUCAAAAGAACGGUGGAAGAAAUUUUUUUAAGGCCUCGAGGCAACUGAGCUCCUUUGAAUGAAUCCCCAGAUCAUCUUUGUAUGAUAACAUUCCCAUUUUUUUUUAUCAAAUAGUUGAGAUAAAACAGUGCGUCUCAUGGCAUAUUUUAUGAAGAAGCUUUUGAAUGUCGAGGUCCAUGAGGAAAUGCAGUGUGUUUUUAUCAUUGUUUUUG